AUGGCUAUGAUAAGAGCCAAUGUAGAGGAGGAUAGGGAAGCCACUAUGGCUAGGUUCCUAAAGGUGCAGAAUCUUGAUAUUGCCAACAUAGUGGAGCUACAGCACUAUGUAGAGCUUGAUGACAUGUUAAAUAUGGCAAUCAAGAUAGAAAAACAACUAAAGAAGAAGAAAGCAUUCAAAAUGGGUGCAGGUAUGAAUUUGGGCAACAAUGCUCCAUGGAAACCGAAUUGGAAGAAGGGUGAAACUAGUGAUUCCAAGGCUGUUUCUAAGGAAAAGAAAGAGGAGACUAGGGGUGGAGAAAAGCCUAGUGUGACUGAGAAAGGCAAGGGACAGAAUACCUCUAGUGGGAGAACUAGGGAUAUCCAAUGUUUUAGGUGCCUAGGGAAGGGACAUUAUGCAUCUCAAUGUCCUAACAAGAGGGUGAUGGUGAUGAGGCCGAAUGGGGAGAUCGAAUCAGAAGAUGAUGAUGCAAGUGAGAGUAUGCCUCCUUUGGAGGAAGCUAGUGAUGUAGAGCAUGCCGUGGGAGGAAAUAUUCUGGUGGUUAGGCGUGCACUAAGUGCACAAGCAAAGGAAGAAGAGGGAGAUGCACUACAAAGGGAAAACAUUUUCCACACUAGAUGCUUGGUGAAUGGUAAAACUUGUAGCAUGAUUGUAGAUAGUGGUAGUUGUGUGAAUGUUGCCAGCACACUCAUGGUUGCGAAGCUUGGCAUGCGCACUAUCAAGCAUCCUAGACCAUACAAGUUGCAAUGGCUGAAUGAUUGUGGGGAAAUUAAGGUGAACAAGCAAGUGAUGUUGGCUUUUUCUAUUGGAAGGUAUAAGGAUGAGGUGUUGUGUGAUGUGGUGCCAAUGCAUGCUGGACAUAUUUUGCUAGGGAGACCAUGGCAAUAUGAUAGGAAGGUAGUGCAUGAUGGAUUUAGGAAUAGGUACUCCUUUGAUCAUGAUGGACGAAGGGUUACUUUAGCAGCAUUAUCACCCGCACAAGCUUUUGAAGAUCAAUUAAGGAUAAAACAGACCAUGAAUGAGCAACAACAAAGAGAGGCCGAGCUAAGAGGAGCUUACACCAAUGUUUCUAACCUUGACCAAUCCAUUCCUAGUUGUGCUUUGCCCUUAUUGCAGGAGUUUGAGGAUGUUUUCCCUGAAGAAAUACCUAAUGGGCUACCACCCAUUAGAGGCAUAGAGCACCAAAUAGAUUUUGUACCUGGAGCUGUAAUCCCAAAUAGGCCAGCCUAUAGAACCAAUCCGGAAGAGGCUAAGGAACUUCAAAGACAAGUGGAGAAGCUUCUAGCAAAAGGCCAUGUUAGGGAGAGCAUGAGCCCAUGUGCCGUACCUGUUCUUUUGGUGCCUAAGAAAGAUGGGAGCAUGCGCAUGUGUGUGGAUUUGUAUUUUGAUGAUAUCUUAGUAUAUAGCCAAAAUAUGCAUGAUCAUUUGCUGCACUUGAGACAAGUUUUUGAGGUGUUGAGAAAAGAGCACUUGUAUGCCAAUCUUAAGAAAUGCACUUUCUGUAUGGACAAAGUUAUUUUCUUAGGAAUUGUGGUGAGUGGCAAGGGAAUUGAGGUUGAUGAGGACAAGGUAAGAGCCAUUAGAGAGUGGCCUGCACCUAAGUUCGUGAGUGAUGUGAGGAGCAUCCAUGGGUUGGCUAGUUUUUAUAGGAGAUUUGUAAAGGACUUCAGUACCAUAGCCUCACCCUUGAAUGAAGUUGUAAAAAAGAAUGUGGGAUUCAAGUGGGGGGAAGAACAAGAGCAUGCAUUUAAUUCACUUAAGGAGAAAUUGUGUUCUGCACCUUUACUUGCUUUACCUGAUUUUUCUAAAACUUUUGAGAUUGAAUGUGAUGCCCCUGGAGUGGGUAUUGGAGCUUUUGAAGGUGAAAGGAGACCGAUUGCCUACUUCAGUGAGAAGCUAAGUGGGGCCACAUUGAACUACUCCACUUAUGACAAAGAGAUGUAUGCUUUGGUGCGUGCACUUGAGACUUGGCAACACUACUUGUGGCCGAAGGAGUUUGUCAUUCAUAGUGACCAUGAGUCACUCAAGUACUUAAAGGCGUAA